AUGCAAGCAGUUGUCUUCAAAGGUCCACUACAGGUUGCACUGGAACUGAGGCCCAUACCCGAGAUCCAGGCCCCGACAGAUGUGAUACUGAAAGUCAGAUACACAGCCCUCUGUGGCAGUGAGCUGCACGUAUUCCGUGGACACCAGCCCUCUGCAAAUGGCUUUAUCAUGGGCCAUGAGUUCACAGGAGAAGUAAGCUCAGUUGGAUCUGACGUACAGUCAUUCAAGCCUGGUGACCGAGUGGUUUCGCCCUUCACCGUGAGCUGUGGGAGCUGUUUCUACUGCAAACGAGGCUUCUCCUCUCGAUGUGCACAGAGCCAGCUAUAUGGCUCAGCGGUACUCGAUGGCGGACAAGCCGAAUAUGUCCGCGUGCCGUUAGCCGAUUCUACGUUAUUCCACGCCCCGCCUGAGAUUGACGAGAAGAAGCUGGUUUUAAUGGCGGACAUAUUCCCCACGGGCUAUUUUGCAGCUUCUAACGCUUUCAAAGCCCUGGAUAAGGAAGAGAUUCAGCAAAGUACCGUGCUUCUGUUUGGCUGUGGCCCUGUGGGACUGUGUGCUAUUGCAAGUGCUUUGGAUUAUAAGCCGAAACAUCUACUUGCUAUUGACAGCGUCCCAGCACGGCUAGAAGUUGCUAAAGGUCUAGGAGCUGAGCCUUGGAACUUCCAAGAAGACGAGGCUGGCCUAAGACAACGCGUUAAAGAUCUCACCGAAGGCCGAGGUGCAGACGUGGUCAUUGAAGUGGUUGGGCAUAGCAGUGCCUUACGCAUGGGGUUCGAAAUGCUGCGCCCAUGGGGCCAUCUUUCCAGUGUUGGUGUCCACAACCAAGAGAUUCCGUGGACCGGAAACGAAGCGUAUGGGAAGAAUCUGCGAUUGCAAAUGGGUCGAUGCCCGGUCCGAAGCAUUUUUGCCCCGGCUAUGGAGUUGUUGGCGAAGAAACAGGAUGUCUUAAAUUUCAUGACUCAUGAUAUUCGACCGCUCUCUCAAGCUAUUCAGGCAUAUGAUGAUUUCAACGAAAUGCGAAGCCAAAAGGUCAUUUUUGAAGCUGACAAAUAG